CCACACCAUUAACACCCACACCUCUCCAUCUUCCCUUUGUGGUUUAGCCAAGGCAGCAAAGCAAGGAAGGAGUGCCGGCAAGGUGAGGUAGAAGAAGGAAGAAAAGAAGAAGGUUCACACGUAAGGUCGUUCAUUCUGUUUUUUCGUCUGUCACCCCCUUUGUUCUAGAGGUAGGCGUGAUGAUAAUGGAGCCUGACCCAGAUGAUUGGGAUAUCGGGGCGGCAGAUAGGCGAUGGCGUGGACCUUGUUUAUUUCUUACUUAAUAUUAUAAACACUUUUGGGCUUGAACCCACCUUUUUCAUACUUAAUUUGUUUGGACUGAACGUUUGGUUUUUCUAAUGCUUCCGCAACGUAACGUUUCAUUUACUCCGGUCAUCUAAGGGAAUUAAUUGUCCCAACGGUUUUUAUUUGAAUAAACAUUUCAAGGGUUUAAGUUUUAAAAUGUUAAAUUCAAUAAGUUUCAUUUGGAUGAUCCUAAAUACCAUCUCUGUAACCCCUCCGGCCCGUUGGGCAGCAGCGAACCGAGUUUGCGGGACGGAGGGUGUUACACAAACUUCUUAGCUGUGGAGAAAAUAGGGAAAUGAUCUGUGACUUUGAGGAUGGAUGGACACCCCACGUUUUAAUAGUACUGCUGUUGUGGUUAUUAUAAUCUUCUAGGAUCUGAACAGGAUAUUUGCCCAAAGGGGUAAAAAGAAAAGAUGAAUUAAUGUCUUUGUCCUUUUCUUGCAUGUCACUGAUGGCAUUGUUCCUACUUUUUCCUGAACGAGUUGUAAUGCUAUAGGCAUGAUUUAAGCUCUUUUGAACAGGUUUCCAAACAUAAGUGGUAUUUGGAUGUGUCUCCUGGCCCCUCUUGGGUCUGUCGUGACCCAAUGUCCAACCAUCAUCAUCCUUAACCCUAUUGUAUGGAAGUAGUGUAUGUGUAGCCUAGCACUUCUUAGAUUUAUAAUAUCUAGCCAUCAUUCACUCUAGACUUUCCCACUGUGUGUGAAUUUUUUGAAACUUUAGAAUACCUCUGACCCCCCCAUAGUGGAAAUAUCCUGCCAAGUUCUGGACUUAGUUUGGCAUGUACCCCUUGACUGGUUAUUCAAUAAACUGCUUGUUAAUACCCCUUAAAUUGUGAUUAGUAGCAUAAUAGCAGUCUCUAAUUGUAUGUCCCAAUGAACAACAGGAAUUACAGAAAGAAGGCGCCCGUUCAAAAGAGCAAGGGAAAUCAGAAGUUCAAUUUUACUAUCAAUCUGUGGAAGGAUAUGUGGUCAAUGAAGUGAGUAGGCAUGUUGUGCCAUUUCGAGGAGCUUCAAUUUUCCGAAUAGGACCACAGCAUUUUGAGCUGUCCUCUUAGAAGAGAUCAUUGAAGAGUUUUUUAUGGGGGGAAAGGCUGCUUAGCUAUAGUGGUGAACGUUCCCACCCGAAAACCAGAGGAUAUAUGACAAAUGGUAUAGAGUUAAAAAAUAAAAAUUACAUAUUAAAAUGCUACAUCAAAAGAUCUACAAAACUAGUAGUGAGAAUACUACUUUAUUUUAUCAAAUUGUUAACGAAAAUAGAAAAAGAAAGUGAAUGAAAUUUGAUCAUGUGAAUAGUAAACAAGCAUUAUAAAUUAUGAUGGAGGGAGUACUAGUUUAUCCUUGUAGAACCUAGCCAAUUUUUUAUUUCAAAUUUGCAGCGUGCCAUCUAAAAUAAGAAAACCUUCUUAUUUCCACAUAUUUGUUUCUCUCCACUUUGUUCUGUUUCAUUUUCUUGUUGUCUCUCAUGUCUUUGUUUAACUUAUUUGUUGUUUUUAUUUGCAUUUCCUUCUUUUUCACUUUCCAAUCAAAGCCCACCGCUCCCCCAUUUCACUAACACCCAACACUGACACUAAGACACUAGUAGAUAGGCAAUGUGUGAGCUCUCCCUUUGUUACUAUAUUAUGUUUCUCGUUCAACAUCAAUGGAAGAAAUGCUCACAAUGAAAUUCAACAUCAUGUUGACUCUUACGCAAACUACUAAGAGCUCAACAACAAAUGCAAAACCAAGCUAAUAAACAUCGCACAAACAUCUGUCCAAUUCGAGCCAGGGGAUGGGGUUUACCUCAAGUUUCAACCUUAUUGCCAAUCCUCACUUAUCAUACAUCUCACAACCCUCAAAGAGCUUUUUUGAGUCGUACCAGAUCUUUACUGAAAUUAACAGUGCCGCUUAUAAGGUCUCCCUCCUAGAUGAUGAAAAGAUACAUAAUGUGUUUCAUGUUUCAAAACUCAAACAUUGUGUACGAACGGAGUUUGACCCUGCAUCACUUGACAUUGCACCAUCAGAGUUCGUGGAUCAACAACUAAUGGUUAGUCGAGCUGCACUCUAAAGUUUCACAUGGUUUAUGUCAAAUGGAAACUCAUCAAACAAGUGCUAAUUCAAAUGAUUAGUCACCUUGUUAAAGAUGCAAGUUGAAAAAUCUGGAAGAUGUGGUAAAAGAGUUUAUCAAUUUCAAUGUUGACGACAAGAUUUUGUUUGAGGACGAGAGUAAUGAUGCAAACCAAAGAUCCCACGCCAUGUUUGUGUGACCAUCAAGCACACAAAGAAAAGCAACCUCUAAACAAAGCUCACCAUUAAGUAUCAGGCCUGUAUUUAGGUAAAUUACAAUCAACAUUUUAUCUAUUA